AAAAAUGAACCUGACGGAAAAUCGUACGCGUUCCUGUAUUUCGACGAAGAUUAUCGUACGCAUCCCUGUAUUUUGACGAAGAAUCGUAUACGCCGCUACAUUCAAAUAUCGAUGAAAGUAAUAAAACUAUUAAGUAUAUCUUAGUAAUAAUUGCGUGCGUGUCAGCGUGUGACGUAUCAUGCCAUAUUUUAUUUAUUACGUUUUGUGAGUGCUUCUUGCUAACAGCAGAAUUCAACAUUUGUUUUUGUGUAAAACUAUUUCAUCAAAAAAUUGUUUAUUUAUGUGUACUUAAAUUUGCCAGUGGAAAGAUAAAAAUUAGAGAGUAGAGGUACACAUAGCUGUCAGUUAGAAACGUGAGAAAAAAAAAAAAUGAAACUGAUGUGGACAUUUUUGUAUAUGUCAUCGCUUUUGUGUGGAAUCUCUGCUUUUCAGGAGCAACCUCUCAAGAAAAGAAACGUUCUUGACUACACGGAUGCAGACAUAGAAAAGCUCUCCGAAGAGUGGGAGAAGGAUGAUGACCCCUUAGAACCUGAUGAGCUCCCAGAGUAUAAACGUCCUCCAGCUAAAAUUGAUUUUUCUAAAUUGGACAUGACAGAUCCAGAUAACGUUCUUAAAGUAUCAAAAAAGGGCAAGAGUGUAAUGAUGUUUGUAGAUGUUAAUCCUGAGCUCUCUGAAUUCGAAGCCGCGUCUGUAUUAAGCCGUUGGCAAAGUAAUCUACAAAAUAAUCACAUAGUUGCCGAACGGUAUCCUAUAGAUUCCAAAAGAGCAAUAUUUAAGUUCAGUGAUGGAGCUCAAGCUGUAGAUGCCAAAAAUUUUUUUAUUACAGAGCGUGAGUGUUCACAUGUAACUCUAGAAGGCCAAAAUUACAUUGGACAGCAUGCAUCUGCGUCUACUGUUAAAAAACUUGAAAAAAUGAAUCCAACUGGCAAAGUGGAAAAAGUCAAAAAGGAUGAGAAAAAGCAUACUGAAUUGUAAUUUUUCCCCUAUUGUGUAUCUUUUGUCAUGAAAAAAAAAGAGAACAAACAACUUCAUACAAUUUUUUAAAUAAAAAUAACGAAUAAAAAUCGUAUGG